AUGAUCCAGCUAAAGACCCUCGUCAACUGCAUCGACAACUCGGGCGCCGCCAUUGUCGAGUGUGUAAACGUCCUGCGAUCCAAGCGGCCUGCCAAAGUUGGCGACCGGAUAGUAGUGGUUGUCCAGAAGCAGCGCAAUUUCGGCCCCGAGUCUGGUCCAGGUGGCGCCGUCUCCAUCAGCGCAGCGAACAAAGUACGGCGUGGUGACAUACGGCAUGCGGUCGUGGUUCGGACUGCGAAGAAGUACCAGCGGCCGGACGGGAGCGUUGUCAAGUUCGACGACAAUGCGUGCGUGUUAAUCAACAAGGCCGGGGAGCCCAUCGGGACCAGGUUGAACGGCAUCGUGGCUGCCGAGCUGCGGGAGAAGAAGUGGUCGAAGAUUCUGUCACUGGCACCGAUGCAUCUAUAG